AUGGCAGCCGAAGAUGCACCAGCGCAAAAGCGCAGCUGGAGGGAGAAAGCCGUCUUCUUUCGCCUGUUCGUCUAUGGAGAGCCUAGUAUAUCAGAUAUCGCCCUGCUUGUCCUCGGCCUUGUCUCCGCAGUUGCCUCCGGAAUCCCUUUUCCGAUCAUGUCUAUUGUGUUUGGUCAAUUGGUGGAUGAAAUGAACUCGACUACCUGCAACGCCAACAGCACCAAUGGUGAUUCAUACCAAGAUAGUAUCAACCAGAAAGUCUUGAUGAUUGUCUACAUCGGCAUUGCUUACCUCUUCUUGAUCUAUAUUUAUGUCCUUAGCUGGAACCUGACUGGCGAGAGAUUGGCUCAGCGUCUGCGUGAGAAAUAUUUCAAAGCCCUUCUCCGCCAGGAUGUGGCGUUCUUCGACAACCUCCCAGCUGGCGAGGUGUCCUCGAGAAUCACAGGUGACAUUACCACUGUACAACAAGGAACAUCUGAAAAGGUCGGCAUCGUGAUUAACAGUCUUGCAUUCUUCGUCACUGCAUACAUCGUGGCUUUCAUUAAGGAUCCUAAGUUGGCUGGAAUGCUGGUCUCCUUGACUCCAGCCUACUUGAUCAUGUCUCUGCUGGGUGGAUAUUUCGUGCAAAAGUAUUUCGGUCGCGCCCUGGAAAGCAUGACCAAGGCAUCUUCAGUGGCACUCGAGGCAUUUUCCAACACAAUGGUGGUUCAUGCUUUCUCAGCCAACGCCCGGCUGGAGGAGAAGUUCAUCGAGUUUUUGAACCCGUCCAGGAUUGCGGGAAUUCGCAAAUCAAUUGCCACGGCCACCCAAGCAGGUUUGCUUUAUUUUAUUGCUUUCUCGGCCAAUGCAUUGGCCUUCUGGCAGGGGUCUACGCAGAUUGCGGGUUCGGUGGAGUCUGAUGCGGGUGGCAUGACAGUCGGGGCAACAUACACUGUGAUUUUUAUUCUAGUCGAUGCGUCCUUGAUCCUCAGUACAGUGGCACCUUUCAUUCAAAGCUUCGACGCCGCUUCGGUUGCCUUCACGAAAUUGAAGGCUGAUAUAGAGCACUCAUCCACAAUUGACGGUACUGCAAAGGAUGUUGGAGAGGUCUUGUCCGAGGUCAAUGGCCACGUGGAGCUGCGUGGCGUUUCAUUCUGUUUCCCUUCUCGUCCAGAUAAGCCAGUCCUUCAAAAUCUGUCGCUUUCCUGUCCUGCUGGCCAACAAACCGCUAUUGUCGGCUUGUCUGGGAGUGGAAAAUCUACUGUCGCCGGCUUAGCAACGAGAUUCUAUGAUGCGACCGAAGGAACUGUUAUGUUGGAUGGACAUGAUGUCAAAAAACUGAAUGUGCGUGCAUUGAGGAGCCAUAUCAGUCUUGUUCAACAAGAGCCCUGUCUUCUGGAUCGAUCAAUCUUUGAGAACAUUGCCUUAGGCCUGAUCAAUUCCCCUGUACACACUCAUCUUCAACCGAUCCUGACAGGCACCGCGCUGGUUGAAAUUGCUGCCGCUGUGAGGGAUGGCCAAGCCCUUGCGGUCGCCUCUCUAGAACACGGUGACCAGGCGCGGGAGGUGGUAGACUUGGUCACAGGAGCCGCAAAGCUGGCUGAUGCCAGCGGAUUUAUUGAGAAGCUCCAAGAAGGAUACGGUACUUCAGUUGGUUCUAGCGGGAACCUUAUAAGUGGCGGACAGAAGCAGCGUAUCUCUUUGGCCCGGGCCUUGGUGAAAGACCCCCGGAUUCUCAUCCUCGACGAGGCUACAGCGUCUUUGGACUCAGCGACGGAAAUGCGCAUCCAACGAGCCUUGGAAAGUGUGGCCGUGGGGCGAACUGUUAUUACCAUUGCGCAUCGCCUCUCUACUAUUAGAAAUUCGGAUAACAUCAUUGUCAUGAGACAAGGAAAGCUUGUUGAACAAGGCCCUCAUACGGAACUACUGGCAGCCAAUGGUGCCUACGCAGAGCUAGUUCGCCUUCAGAACCUCAACGUCGAGAAUACGCAAGAGGGAACAUCCACCCGAUCGGUGUCACCUGUGAAUCAAAUAACAGAAAAGGCCGAACCCUGUCUUUCCGUGGCCGAUGAUAUCCGCGAAAAAGAUGAAACAAUCGAUACUUCCACUGCCCAAGGCUCCAAGUCCAAAGAAACUGGCGGUGUUGUUGAUCCACACAGGUCAUUUUCCUCAACAAUCAGCUCACUAGGCUCUAUGUUCCGACCGUAUGCAUUUGUUCUGGUCCUCGCCGUGACAGGCGCUGUUGUCAUUGGAGGCACAUACUGUGCCUCGGCAGUGAUCUUUGGUAAUGUCGUGGGUAAGCUGAGUGGAUGCGAGGAACCUCAGAAUAUCCGCGAUGCUGGAGAGUUCUACGGACUCAUGUUCUUUGUCCUUGCCAUUAUUGAAUUCUUUGCAAAUCUGGUCAGCUGGUCUCUCUUUGGUUGGAUGGCAGAGAACGUGAUCUACAAAGUGCGAGUUCUUUCACUGCGAGCCAUUCUCGAGCAGGAUCUCCAAUGGCACGAAUCCAAUGACCGCAACCCAUCAUUACUGCUUUCCUUGAUCACUAAGGACAGCAAUGCGCUUGCAGGCCUGACGGGCUCCGUUGUAUGCACAAUUUUGUCUAUUCUCAUCAACCUGUUUGCUGCCAUCAUCAUGUCGCACAUUAUCGCGUGGCGAAUCGCAAUUGUCUGCCUUGCCGUGGUACCUUUGCUGCUGGCUGCUGGCUGGAUGCGAGUUACCUCUUUGGCACAGUUUGAAGAGCGCCACCUGGAGGCUUUUGCUCGAUCGGUGGGAAUCACAGUGGAGGCUGUCAACUCGAUCAAGACCGUCAUGUCUCUCUCCGUGGAAGACGAGAUUAUGGGAACAUACCGUCGUUCAUUAGCUGCACCGAUGAAGGAGAUAACCCGCCAAAGUGCAUGGGCCAAUGUCUGGCUUGCCAUCGGGUACGGCCUCAGCAACUUCUUAUAUGGCCUGGCAUAUUGGUGGGGAGCGAAAAACAUUAUUGCGGGAUAUUAUACUCAGACACAGUUUUUCAUCGUCCAGCUGGCGCUGCUCGUCAGCUCACAGCUAUGGGGACAGAUGUUUGCCCUGGCCCCUGAUGUCUCGCGCGCCUUCCAGGCCACCCGCCGCUUGUUAAAUCUGCUAGACCUAGGAUCCACGAAGAAACUGUCAGCCCCCAUCCAAACUCUGCCUAGCAAGCUUUUACAGUCUAUGAGUGACGUGGAAUCCACGGCAACUACCCGCGAGAAGGUCAAUGACGCUCGCAAUGGUAUCAGCGUAUCCCUCAAACAGGUCCAUUUUGCGUAUCCUGCACGGCCAGACACCCGCGUGCUUCAUGGCUUAGAUUUGAACGUCAAGCCGGGUCAGUUUGCCGCCUUGGUCGGGCCCAGUGGUGCUGGAAAAUCCACUAUUAUUUCACUUGUCGAGCGCCUAUACUCCCCCGAAUUCGGCACCAUCCAUGUUGAUGGCCGAGACGUUGCCUAUGGUGACAUCUCCUUCCGUGACUCCAUCGCAUAUGUACCACAGCAGAGUGUUUUGUUCGAAGGAACCAUUCGCUUCAAUCUUAGCCUUGGCGCACGACCUGGCCACGAAGUUACCCAAGAGGAGUUGGAAGAGGCAUGCCAAUUAGCCAAUAUCCACGACGUCAUUGUACAACUUCCCGACGGAUAUGAUACACACUGCGGGCCAAAUGGUGAUCGUCUGUCCGGAGGCCAGAAGCAGCGACUGGCUAUCGCGCGGGCGCUGAUCCGGAAGCCGAAGUUGUUGCUCCUAGACGAGUCAACCAGUGCCUUGGAUGCAGAGUCUGAGCGAUUGCUCCAGGACGGAUUGGAGAAGGCAUCCAAAAAUAUGACGGUGAUCGCGAUUGCGCAUCGUUUGUACACGAUUCGUAAGGCUGAUGUAAUUUUCUUGAUUGAGGAUGGGCGUUGUGUUGAACAAGGCACUCACACCCAGUUAAUCGAGCGGAGUGAGACUUACAGGGUCAAUGCCUUGAACCAAACAGUGGAUGGAUAA